AUGGAUGAUAAGUCAAAUCUUCAACAACUUUCUAAAUGCCUAAAUGAUGCUAGUAAUUUAAUUAAUACUAUGUUGGACACUGAUACUCAGCGGCACCAGCCUGGGAUCGCACCUGCACAACCGGUUCCACAAGCAGAAAGACCUAGAGAAGCUGCCGUAAAUGUGCCAUCUGUGAGAGCGACCAUCAACUCAGCAGUAGAUCGUGCUCGAUUAAUGAUCGGACAAUCAUCCUCAAGGGGUUUGUGCUCGUGGUUAAAUAGAAGAGAACGGCUUAGAGUGACGAGUUCUAAACCGUCCACCAGUACGACGAAAAAGCCUCGUCUGGAAAAGAAAGUUUUUGAGUUCGUUUUGCUUAGCAAAGUAUGCUAUUUGCUUUUCGGAAAGUAUGGUUGCUAUACAUGGGUUUAUUGAAAUACCAACGACAGCAAGUGAAGUGGACAUAUGAACGGAACUUGGUAAAGCUAUUCAACUUAAAUUUCCAAUGGUAUCUAAAAAUAACUUCGAAUUUGUGAGGGCCAAUCGACGGAGAAUUACGAAGCCAGUAAGCUGUAAUGAAUACAAUUACAACCAGGUCAAGUUACUUGCUGGCCAAGGGUGCAUCUACUUAAAGAUGAAAAAUGGUUUGGAGUGUUUGUUUGUCGAAGACGCACCUGGAGAUGGUGCAUUUGAUUUUGAGAAGAAAGGUAGUAUGCAAAGAUUUUUUAAACGACUUAUUGCAUUUUUGGACAGGUCAGUGGGGGCAUCUACAAAGGGCCAUUUCAUUUAAUCCCCCCCCCCCUUUAUAUUGACAAUUUUUUCUGAAUGAAGGGUUAAGCCUGUCGGCAUCCUUUGAUCUCUGUGAUUUUUCUUAGAGGUGUGGAUAUUAAAUGGGAUGGCCCAAAUGCUACACUAAAUGAGAUGACUAAUAGUUGUUGGUGAUACAAAGUUUGGUGUAGUGUCUUAAAUGUAAUAGUAAGUAUGGGGGUCUGGUGGUUUUCUUGCCCAGAGAGAGUUAAGCAAUUUGUUGUAAAUACCUUACGUGUAGUCUAAAGCAGAACCAGCAAUUAUUGCAAGGACAUUGCUAUCAGACUAAGAAAGGAUAUCUGUGAGAACUGUUAUGUUUUUCAUUUUGUUAUGUGUUAUAUUAGUGCAGCGGAAAAGUAAAAAAUCAUGCACUUUGUGAAGAAAGCACCCAAUUCACAGGAAGUGUAGACUUUAACAUUAUAAUGAAUCUUAGAUAUGGAUUCUCUUACUAAACCCUAUUACUGUUUAAAAAUGUGAAAUUGCAGGUUGACAUAUAGCAAAAAUGACUUGCAUGAUUAGAAAGCUUACAAAAAACUACAUAUAAGACUUUUAAACGGCUGAUUGAUUUUCCAAAUGGUUUUCCAGUUAUUGCUAUUUAAAAACGUGAUAAAUAGGCAAAAAUCCCGCCAAAGUCCUGGACACUAGCCCUAAAACAUAUUUUCAACCGCUCAUAACUCCAGAGGAGUUGGAAAAUCAAAAUAACUGCUUAAAUGUCUUAUAGUCAGGCAUAUUGUCAAACUAGUUAAUACUUCCAGUGAACUCGUGCAGUUCACUGGUUCCUUCAAAACCUAAAAUCUUUUUGGCAUUCCUCUCAAAAUUACUUUAGUUUACACAGUUAGCAACCUUUUUAAAUGUAUCUGGUGGUUGAGAAACACAAAAUAAUAUUUAAACAUUGUCAAUUUAACUACAAUUAUCAUUGAUGCUGUAAAAUUGACGCUAUAUUUAUACAGCAAUAUAUUAAUACUGAACUUCAGACAUUGUUUUCUCUUUGGAGUACCAUCUAAAAUGUCUUUAUUUUAGAACUAUUUUACCGAUAAAGCACUAGACAUACUUUUUAAGUGGUGCUGGGGAGGUUUUGGCCUCAGAGCUGUGCCAACUGGGGGGGGGAGCAAAAUUUUUAUGCCGAAAAAAUUUUAAGAGUGUAAAAUAUGUAGAAAGUUGUAUAUGCGUGAUAUCAAGAAAUUUUUUUAAGGAUCUUGUGUCGGUUAAGCAUUGUGUGGAAUAAUCUUUAAGCUUUGCUUACAUUAGUUGGAACAAAUUUUAAGGUAUGCUUAUGUUAGUCCGGAAAAUUUUUUGAAGACCUCCCUUCGGGCCAACUAUUUUGGGAAAAAUUUUAGGGGACCUAAUUUUGAAAGGGCCCUAAAUAUCGCUCGGCACAGCCCUUUGCCUCCCCAUCCAAUAGGGUUAAAAGAGAUCUUGGUCAAAAGACAGUAAAUCCCACGUAAAAUCUAAAAGUGACAAAGUAGAUAUUUGGGAAAUGUCAAAGUCUGAAAAUUGUUUAUAUUACCUGAGACACUUAUAGUUUCUCGCUGGCUGAAGUAUGAAAGAAGCGAGAAACGGGUUCUCACACUGGGGGGCCCCGGGCGAGGUGCUAUGCCCUUAUAUGGGCAUGCGCCUCGAGAUAGAGCAUGUUUUGUCUUUUGCCGCAAGUGUGGUAGUUUGUGCCUUAAAACGCUCUUAAAAAAACCUGAAAUAUUUUAUCGUGAAGAUGUCCAAGACCCGUUCUUCUGCGCUCUGACGCUUGGAAAGCCACAAUAAGAGUCCUCAUGAUGGGGAUUGCGAAGGAGAACUUAAUAACAGCAGACAAGAAUCGCGGGAAAGCGAGAGAUGUAAGGAACGAUAUCGUUCGCAAAGCCAUUCUUCUCGUCGAUGUCGUUCCCGCCAACGCUCGCGAAGCAACGAUCGAGAGGAAACGAUACCCGGUUGGGCCCAGCAGCUAUUAAACGGACAGAGAGAGUCUGAUCAGCGACUUAAGACGCUGGAAAAACAACUCAAAGAUACGAACGCCAAGCAAUCGUAUGCACGCAAGUGGGAACACUCGCCCACACCAGAAUUUAAAUACAAGCGCAACAAAGUUCAGUACGAGCUGAAUAAAAGCAUUUUGGGCAAGAUCGAAACAGCUUUAGACGCGUCUGACGACGAAGAACGUAGUGGAGCCCUUGACGAAGGUAGGGAAAUGUUGAUAGAACGAAAUAAACAUAUUAAACUAGCCGAAAAAUACGGAUGGGAGGCUGUUGAUUGUUAUAUCGAUGAACCGUGA